AUGUCCGCCUACAGACCCGCCAGUUCAGUUCACCGUUGGCAGUUGUGCGCCGACGGAGCCCGUUUGACCGACGAACCCAUGAGAGACGCCAUUGCGUUGGUGGUCGUAGCCGAGUGCGCUUCGGCACCGGGGGAAAGGAUCGGCACGUUCGGGUUCCACGGCAUGAUUGGUUCCAAGCUGUGCGAUGUAUUGCCUCCCUCGACAGCGUCGGGCAAAAUCGGCUCUUCGACCGUCGAGAUGGCCGUCGUGUUAUGGGCCGCGUUGUGGGCGCUUGCGGGUGACGACGGGACGGAGGUCCACAUCGCCAUCGACUCCGCCAACGUCCUUGCGACUGCGCAGGGUCGGGCCCGCAGCUCUGCCAACCCACGGCUGGGUACGCUCCUGCACGUGUGGUCCUCGCUCUUAGCUCGCGAGUGUCCCGUCAGGUCGCUGUCUACACCCCGCAACGAGCUUGGGAGUGGCCGCUGCAGAUCGGACCAGACGAUAGGCAUGCAUACCCCCCUGGUGGAGGGCGCCUUCGUGGUUGAGCAGCGCAUCGAGACAGCGGACCUUCCCCCCGUCGAGCCCACCAGCUACAAGGAAGUCAAGGCAGCCGAGCUCUUGGUGAAGGUGGCUACUUACAACGCCAACUCGCUGGACGCG